AUGGCCAACGACCUCAAGGUCAUCGUGUCCGAGCUCCACAGCGCCCUCGGCCGGCAACAAUUCGAAGCCGUCAACGACCUCCUCAGUCGCGGCAAGCGCGCCCUCCUCCUGCAGAAUGUCCUGAUUCCCACGCCGUCGGCACCCGCCGAGCUGGUCGCCCAGGCCCGCGAGGUUCUCGAGCUCGGAGCCAUCGCCUCUAUCCGACAGACCGACGCACCCACCUUCACACGAUACUACCAGCAGCUGCAGCCGUUCUACGACCUGGAGCGGGACAGCACGAAUGCCGGCCACGUGGACAUCCGAAACAGCCAGCGCAGCAAGAUCACAGGCUUGUAUCUGCUGCUGUUGUUGAGCAUGGGCGACAGCACGAGCUUCCACACGGUUCUGGAGGGUCUGGUCGAGGAGGCGAGUCUGAAGGGCAAGAGCGUUGAGGAUGAUCCGUUCAUCAAGUAUCCGGUUGAGCUGGAGAGGAAUUUGAUGGAGGGAAGCUACGAUAAGGUGUGGCGGGAGACCAACUCCGAGCGCGUGCCCUCGGAGGACUUUGCGCUGUUCUCGAAUGUCCUGGUCGGAACCAUCCGCAGCGAAAUCGCAGACUGCUCCGAAAAGGCGUACCCGUCCCUCCCCAUCUCCAACGCUAAGAACCUCCUCUUCCUCGAAUCGGAGGGCGCCGUGAUCGAGUUCGCCCAGCAGCGCGGCUGGGUCCUCCGUGACGGCCGCAUCUUUUUCCCCGUCGAGCCCGAGGCAGCUGCUCGGUCCGAGAAGGAUAUCCUCGUGGCCAGCGGCACGAUCAUCGAGAAUGCGAUCGGCUAUGCGCGCGAGCUGGAGACCAUCGUCUGA